GAAAAAUUCUAGAGGGCGCCACCUGACUGGCCGUGGGCGGCCAGCAGGACCUGAAGGAUUAGCCGUGUCGCUCGUGUGUUGAUGUGUGCCCACUGUCCGUCCUUGAAAUAGCACACCAAGUACUCAUCACUUCCCGCCCUCGCUAUUAUUGAGUACUGGCGUAAGGCCGUUCCUAGCUUCGAUUGCUGCUCCUGUUUUGACGUCGGGCCGUGGCGAUGGGGAAAGUGGUGUGUGAACUUUGCAAAAAGAAAUGCUCAGGGAAUGCACUGCGUGUUCAAGAUCGCUACUUUCACGUUGAGUGCUUUAAGUGUGCCGUGUGUACCAGCUCAUUGGCCCAGGGAGGGUUCUUCUUCAGAGAUGGCAAAUACUACUGCACUGGAGACUACCAGAAAAUGUUUGGCACUAAGUGUGCAGGCUGUGGCCAGUUUGUUGAAGGAGAAGUGGUGACAGCUCUGGGAAACACCUAUCACCAAAAAUGCUUUGUCUGUGCCAGAUGUCGGCAACAGUUUCCCAGUGGGGAAAAGGUGACCUAUACUGGCAAAGAGUGCCUUUGUUCAAAGUGUAUCCAAAUACCUGUGGUGACUUCCCAAUCUGGGGAAGAGCCGCACAUCAAUGGAGCAAUCAAAUGUGCAGGAUGCUCAGAUGAUCUUAGGGAAGGUCAAGCCUUGAUUGCCUUAGACAAGCAGUGGCACAUUUGGUGCUUCAAGUGCACACAUUGCAAUAUUGUUCUUCAUGGCGAGUACAUGGGCAGAGAAGGUCAACCAUAUUGUGAGAAAGACUACCAGAAGCAGUUUGGUGUCAAGUGUGCCCACUGUGAUCGGUUCAUCUCUGGCAAAGUGUUGCAGGCUGGAGAAAACCACCAUUUCCAUCCCACAUGUGCUCGAUGUUCAAAAUGUGGAGACCCCUUUGGGGAUGGCGAGGAAAUGUACCUGCAAGGAGGCGCCAUCUGGCAUCCGCGCUGUGGUCCAGGGCCUGAUGGCAAAGCAGAAGACAGAAAACUGGAUGAAAAAGAUGCGGUUGCUGAGGAGCAGACUGUUGGCACGCAUCCUCCCAGCCCCAAGAGCUUCCGUUCAGCCAGCCCACUCGACUCUUUGAAAAACCAGUAUGGCAGGUCAUCAAGCCCUGGCAGCUUACUUGACAAAGAGCCCAUGCUGAGUGACCUGAGCCGUGUGUACGCCUACAGCUACCUGACUGCAGAGCCAACCCAAGGCUAUCUACGCAGGCCACUCGAGCCACACCCACCCAAGUCACCCCAGUUUCACCGGCCACCAGAUGGCUUGGGUAGUCGAAAAAAGCUGCCCCUUAAGCCUCACACAAAGCAAGGAAUGCAAGUUCUCGUGGACACUAUCCAGUCCAGUGUGCCUCGGCCCAAGUCGCCUCACAUGAACAACGAGGAGCCCAUUGAAUUGGCCCAUUUUCCGGGUGCCCGGCCACCCAAGCCCACUGAAAUCCCCAAGAUUGAGAGGGAUGAUUUCCCAGCACCACCAUUCCCUUACACUGAUCCAGAGAGGCGGCGGCGCUGGAGUGGCAGCUCCAAGGAGUAUGAGGUGGAUGAAGAGGAGGAGACUAAUGAAGAGGCCUUUGAGGAGGAUCCACAACUGAAGAAGGAAGAGGAGGAGCUCUCCAAGAUUGCCACAGGCAUCGGCAAGGUGUUUCUCAAAACAGUGAAGGAGCGUGAAAAAUACAGGGCCUGGAAGAUGACCCACGUGGACCCACGCAAUGCUUCCAGAACGCCCUCAGCCAAUAAGGAGCCCAUGUAUCGGCUGCGCUAUGACAACCCUGUCAACGCCUCUCCAUCACGGGACAUUGACCGACCUCGGCCAUGGGAGGAGGAUGAGUUCGACCGUGGAUCCAGCUACCGGUCAUCCAUGGGGCGCUCCGUUGGCACCACUCCUACGACGUACAAUGUGGUCUCAUCCCUGCGUACAGUCCCCAAGCCAGGCUAUGGUUUGGCUACCAAGUCAGCAACUUUGCCUGUGGGUGGUCGGGAUUUUAUGGCUCAAGAUUUGUCCUUCAGCAAGCUGGAAAAAACCCACAGCACAGAGUUCAGUUGUGGCAAGUCAGAUGUGUCCGCAACUUCCGACCAUGAUGGUGCUGUUAUGAAUCACAGCACAAGUGCUGUCCUUCGAUCAACCCCUUUCUCAGAUGGCUACUCUGGCUUUCGGUAUGCCUCCUACAGCCCACAUCUGAGACGAUCAAUGCCAAAUGUCAACUGGCACCUUUCAACGGACCCGCCAAAGCUGUACCCUUAUCAUCUGCUAAUGACAUCCAACUAUCGGCUGCCCGUUGAUGUGGACCGAUGUCACCUGGAGCGUCAUCUGUCCAACGAGGAAUUCCAGGCCCUCUUCCACAUGAGCCGGCUGGAGUUUUACCGCCUACCCGAGUGGAAACGCAAUGACCUCAAGCGACGGGCUAAGCUCUUUUAAGAAUGCCUUUGAUAGAUGCUAAGUGCAGCACUAAUAUGCAACAAGCUAUACAUUCUUCCUGCACCCACUUUUCACUGCCCUCCUCGUGAAUAUAUUUCUCUUGCUUUGGA